UGACGCAAGCAGCGAAGCAUGCUGGUCCCAGCGGCUGCGAACAAGACUCCUUUCGGCGCAGCGCGGUUGCAGAGCGCGAGGUCUAGCGAGGAGUUUCACCUUCCCCUUUCUUUGCUUUUCAGGAUUAAACGUUAAGCAUCACUUUGUUUGAAUAUAGCUAUUUAGCCCCCUGGCGACCAUGAGUGAAUGGACUAAGAAAAGCCCCUUAGAAUUGGAAGAUUACGUUUAUAAAGAAGUCAGAGUAAUAGCCUCUGAGAAGAAGGAGUACAGAGGAUGGCUUUUAACUACAGACCCAGUCUCUGCCAAUAUUGUCCUUGUGAACUUCCUUGAAGAUGGCAGCUUAUCUGUGACUGGAAUUAUGGGACAUGCUGUGCAGACUGUUGAAAUUGUGGGUGAAGGGGACCACAGAGUGAGAGAGAAGCUGACACCCUUGUUCAUGUCUGGAGACUGUGCAGCGUACAGUCCUGAGGACCUGGAACAGAGAAAGAACAGCCUAAAGAAGUGGCUUGAGAAGAACCACAUCCCCAUCACUGAACAAGGAGAGUCCCAGAGGACCCUCUGUGUGGCUGGGGUCUUGACUAUAGAGCCCCCAUACUGUCCAGAAAAUUGCAGCAGCUCUAAUGAGAUUAUUCUGUCCCGUGUUCAGGAUCUUAUUCAAGGACAUCUUGCAGCUUCCCAGGGAGAAGCCAGGAACUGUGGGCAUACUGAUUAAAAUCGACUUUAUGCCUUUAUUUCUUCAUAAAAUGUUGCGAAUGUAAGCCAUUAUAUUACAGCACUGUAUAUUUCAAUUUUUUGUUUUGGUAAAAUCAAAGGAGAGUAAGAGUGCAGAUUGCCUUGGGAAAUAAAUGAUCUAGUACAAAGCCUCAUGUGCCGUGAAAUUAGCUCAGGGAAGUCAAAAUAUUAAGGUUUUGUUUUUUAUUUAUUUUUUAAGUCUGAGUCUUACUUUUAGCCUAGGCUGGCCAU